AUGCCUCCCCCUCCGGGUGUGGUGCCAAACUUUGACUACUCCAACCCAUGGCUAUUUAUCCAGAGUCGAGCGGUCAUCAUUGCAGGGCUUCUCUUCGCGACACUCUUCCUAGGCCUUCGACUUUACACAAAGACAUACUUGUUACACAAGUUUGGCUGGGAUGAUGAUUCGCUGCUAAAGGAAUAUAACCACCAGGCCUGGUCAAUAACAACCCAAGCUAUGUGUUUCUAUGGCUAUCGAUAUGGUGGCAUCGGGAUCCACAUCUGGAACAUCACGCCGGAAAUGUUCCAGUCGUUUCAAAAGGGCGUCUUCAUUUCCGGGGUUGUUUACGUGCCAGCUCUGGCGUUUGCCAAAGCCAGUCUCAUUAUCCUCUACUACCGCAUCGUGGGUCAGCAAAAGGUCUACCGGUGGUGCAUUUAUAUUCUGUCAUUUGUCGUGGGUGGUUACAGUAUUGGGAUCACCCUCGCAUUGAUUUUUGCCUGCAAUCCCCUUGCCAAGAGCUGGGAUAAGUCCAUCACUGAAGGGCACUGCGUGGAUCAGAACGGCUUAUAUAUCGCCACCGCCGUGACCAAUACGGUGACUGACGUGGCCCUCCUAGUCCUUCCCAUGCCGAUGGUGUUCACCUUAAAUAUGCCAACCGUGCAGAAGAUUGGAUUGUCUCUGGUUUUCCUAGUCGGGUGCGCCACGGUUGUCACUAGUGUCAUCCGCCUCGUUACCUUGUUCCCGUUCCUCCAGUCCACCGAUCCCACAUAUAAGAUCGCCUGGACAGAUCUCUGGAUCAACGUUGAAGCCAACUUCCUUAUCAUUUGCAACUGCCUUCCUUUCCUCCGCCAGUUCUGCCGCCGCUAUGCCCCCAGGAUCAUCGGCGAAGGGAGCACCCAAGGCCUGCGCUACUUCACCGGUGGCGGAUACCACGAUGAUAGCACCUCCCGGUCACGGGCUCGACGCAAACCUGGACUUACCCUACUGCAGGAUGAUGUCGAAUUGGCCGACGGCGGUGGUACCCAGUCACAAAUCAUCAAGGAGGUCCACUGGAAUGUGACGACCGAGUACGCCGACGAGUCUCCAAAUGCGGGAAUGAGGGAUCAGCACCGGCAGUUUCAGAGCCAUGUAUAA